GCGCCCGCCUUGUGUGUUUGCACGAAGAAACCAUCAUGGAAGACGACGACUGCUAUAGCUUCGGUUCGUACGACGAGAUCUUCUCCCAUCCUGCUACCGCAUGCAGCGAGCAUCCCCAUGGAACUGAGGAUGCUGGAGAAUCCACCCCUGGAAGCGCCGACGUGUCGUCGCAAUCGGCCAUCCUAGUUGGCACGCAUUUGCUUGAUAACGGCUUCUUUGUCCCCGAAGACGACAUGACGUCCAAUGAAUCUCUGUUCCAUGGGCGGCAUAUUGGCUUAAAGAUCAAGCAGAAUGGCAAGCUCUUGACGUUCAACUUUCCGCCCCCAUCGACAACGGCCGAGUCGUCGUCGAUUAGAGUGUGCAUGGACUCAAAUUCACGGACGCAUGCGUUGGGGGACUUGUAUCUCAAUGGCAACGAGCUUGUUUGGCGCCCCAUGCGGCACUCCGACACGAUGCAGACGUCGUCUGGCCAGGUGUAUGGCUCGGAUCGCUUCAGCCUUCGCAUCGGCCUCGAACACAUCCACGACGUCCUGCCCACAAAAGUUCAGAACGUAAUGCUGGCACUGUCCAUCUCCAUGGCCGUGCUGGACAUCACGUUUGAAUUCUCGUUCAUGCCUGGGCCGUAUUAUAAGACCUCCAAGCGCGACGACUUGUGGAAUCUCUUGAAGGAGGCGCUCCUCGCCUUAAAGGCGGCGCCACCACUGGCUACCGUUAGCACCGUCGCCCAUGCAGUAAACCACCCCGACGUGGCCUUGCUAGAUGCUCCACUGCAACAUCCGCAGCCAAUCUCCCCUACUACCGAAGCCGGCAGUCGUGGCUUCACAACUUCUCCAGCCACCACCACUGGGCCCAACAUCCCACUGCCAAGUCCAGUGCGCACCAAGUCCGUGGGUGUCGAUACAACCCAGCGAAACACGCUGAUCCGAACGUACUUGUCGAUGGACGCAACGUCGGACCAAGCGAUCGCAUUGGCAGUCCAUAUUCACCAAGUGUACAAGUACCCCAUCGGCCCCACCUCCAAGACGUCGCCGUCCUUUUUGGACGACAAGGUCUACCGGCAAGCCCAAGUAUCGACGCUAACCCACAUCAUGACCCGAAUGAAACGAGCGUGGAAACUCAACGACGACCGCCUCGAUGAUCUCAUGCGCGUCCGGUGCUCCAAGAACGAAGACGACGACUUGGUGUAUCACGACACUGCCUCGAACGAGCCCUUGCCGGUCAAAGCGUAUGAAAGGCGGUACCGGCAGCACAUCAUGGCGCCGCCAUCGUCGACGAUCUUGCUGCGUCGUCCAACGGCAACCACCCUGCGACAGAGUGUCAUCCUCGAUGCGUCCUUUCGCCCCGCCCGUCAAUUUGAGUUGCCCCCGGUGCCCGCAGCCCUCACUGGCGAGGCCAGACUUGAAGCGGAGCGGGAACGAGAGGCUCGGAUGGUCGAGAUGCAGCAGUCUCAAGCUGACCUUUGGAACGAGUUUGCCCGGCUGACCCAACUGCACUUUGCACAAGUGGACCUGAUUCGCGCGGCGUACGGACAGAGCAUGGACGUGCUCACCAGUGCCGCCAAGGCCGCCAAGACCAAGCCAUCGAAACAACCGGCUUCGUCGCGGCGACGGAGCAUGGUGCCGGCCCCGCUGGACGAACUAAAGGAAAACCAUGACGCCAACAACAAGAAGAAGCGAAAACGGGUGUCCACCACCACGAGUAUCCCUGCUGACCCAUCGUCUCCCAGUGCGAGGCGGCGCACCCCAACAGCUACAACUGACGACGAUGACAACAUGGACUUGUGUAAUUUAUGCUUUGGCGCGUCGUGUACCGUGGUGCUGCAGCCGUGCCUCCACAGCGUCUGUGACAAGUGCUGGGCCAAGUUGGCCCACCGCCCCUCCUCCACCGCCAUCGCCGACUCUGCGGCCGUCCAGUGUCCGUGGGAUCGGCAAGACGUGGUCCCCGAACGCAUUGUCGUUGGAGGGGUAUAAUAUACUCUUAAUAUAUACUAGUAGUAGUAGUA